AUUUUUUUUUUGUUAACAUAAAAAGUUUAACCUAAACAUUAUACUGAAAAACGUGUGGAACUAGAAGAGGCAGUAAGAUUUCAAAACUGAUUAUGCAAUUCCCAAUUUUAAAUAAAGACAAAGAACAAUAUACUCUUACACUUGUUAAUUUUUGGGUGUUUCUCCAUAAGCUUUAACGAUUUCUGCAAUAUUGAUUAUAGGCAGCUCUAUUAUAUGAGUAUGAAUAGUAUGAGACUAGUGACUAGAGUAGUAGUAGUAGGCGUAGGCUGCAGUCACGGCUACUGACUACUGGCACUACAGGUAAAAAGAACUAUUAAUACUAUUACUAUUAUUAUUACUAAUAAUUACUAAUUCACUUGGGUGACUUUCCUUUACUGUAAAGAUUAAUUUAUGUGCUUAUUAAAUUAUUAAUGUUUAUUUUAAUUCUUGAUAUUAAUAUUAACUUCUCUUUUGCUCAUGAGUUCUAUGACUAUGUGUUUCAGUUUCUUACUCUUACUUUCUGGGUUUGUGGCAAAAUCUUCCAUAGGCUAAUUGACCCACGUCCCGUCAACCUAUAUUGCCAGAAACAACAGUACACAUUCUAACAAAUUUUCAGCUCCACCCCAACCCCCAAAACUAAGUUUUAAAUCUACCAAAUGCACUGAUUUCGGCUGAUGGUCAUUGUGGAUGCUACGACGUCUUUUCGGUGGAGUCACUUCCCUUUGUUUAUUUUUAGAGAAUUAUUUUGUCAUGUCUUAGUAUUUGUAUGCUGCUAUACGUGUUUUGCACUACAUUUUAGCCGCCAUCUUGGUUGACACCUUACGUGACUUCACCUUCACGUGUGGUGUCAACCAAGAUGGCGGCCAUUGAGAAAAUAGUGGCAUCCACAAUGACCAUUUACCUAAAAUUUUUAUCAAUGGUCAAUUUUAAUUUACUUUUUUUUAAAUUUGUACACCGCUUCUUAAUAAAUAUUCUUUGGAGUCUAGGCUAAUCAUAUUUUUUUGAAAUUUUAUAAAACAUAUUUCAGUUAGAUGUCUCAAAGUCUGUGAAAUUCUUCAAUGGACGUAUAAUUUGUUGAAGAACUAAUUAAAAGAAACAGGAUUGACAAUGGAGGAAUGUACCUUACUCUUUCGUCAUCUUCCUGCAGAGCUGACUUCAGAAGAACGCAAAGAUCUGCUUCAUUUCUUUGGAGCUACUCGAGUGAAUGUUAUGGGAAAAACUGGUGCUAUGGUAUAUAUAUUCUUGUUUCAUUUAUCGAAAUGAAUAUAUUUUAUCUUUGGUGUAUUUAAUGUUAAGAAUAUUUGUAUCAAAUAGGUUUGAGUGGAGAUUUUUUUGAGGCGGCAUUUGACGGUUGAUAUGUUCAACUUCAGUAACCCACUUUACUUAGGAGGGGCAUGUUUAGGUUGAUAUGUUCAGCUUCAAUAAACCACCUUAGCACCUCAUUGAAAGUUCAGUAAAAGCACUCACAAUAGACUCUCUAGCUGUUUAAUUUUUUCCUCAGAAAAACACAGCAUUUGCUGUGUUUUCCAACAAAGAACAAGCUUCCAUUGUAAGUUGUGCUUUUGUAUUUGUCUAUUUUAAUUUUCAUUUUUCUUCAGUCUUCAUGUUUAUAUUUGUCAAAUAAUGUGAAGCUUUUUUAAGUUGCUUCAAAUGUACACAUUUCUGCCAUGAUUAUCACAAAAUGUAUGUUUAAUGCAAUGAGCUGAUGGCUGUCAUUGAAAAGCUCUGUUUUAAAUAUUGUCAACAGGUGUUGAAUCAGCUGCAUCAAGUUGAGUUCCUUGGUUCAAAACUAGUUGUAGAGUUUGCCAAGAAGCAGCACAAUCAGGCACCUUCAGUUGUUGACAAUGAGGGGUGUGUAUUCAUACAACUUAAUAUCAGUGGCAAAAUACUCUCCUGAUUACGGUUAUUUUUCGUUAGUAAUUUUUAUCAGAAUUAAGAAAAAUUUCUUUGACACAUAAUGGAAUUAGAAUCAAAUCCAGAUAUUAUAUUAAGUUAAAAGAACAAUUGAUGGAUUCAUGCUUUGAGUAUAGGACACUGUAAAUAAAUGAUUUAUUAUCAAUGAUUUUAAUUAAAUUCAAUUGUUUUAUGUCUUGAAAUGACAGAGAAUGUAAAUUAUAAUUUGUUCAUUUGAAGUUACAAUAUACUUAAUUAACUGAAAGCCAGAGUAGUGCAGGCGCCUUCAGAUAUUUUAAAAGAAAAUUUGCAUUCAGGAAACUUUUUAAGAUUGUGAUUUGACAGGUUGCAUUGGAAUUUUUUCUUUCAAAACGUGGGUAGAAUUUCAAAUUUUUGUCUUAAAAAAUGACUUUUUUUUUGUUUCGUUUAAGUAAAGUUCCUCUUAAUAAAAAAAUAUGUCGGCUUUUCCUCAUUUUCAUGACAUACUUUAAAGCAAGAUUAAUUAAAUGAAUGUUACCAUUAAAAAAAAUAUUUAAAGGACAAGUUGUCUUGAGUGACUGGUCCCAUCUGUUAUAGCUCAAUAUUAUUUACAUCAUUUACAGUGUGCAUUCUGUUCUAAUGCCAGUAAUGAAAGUGCCCCAACUCUGUGUAAAAAAAAAAACGGCACUGCAUUUAUACACCAAAUUCUUCAAGCUUCUGCUCAGUUUCCUGAAUAUAUUAUCCUAAUGUAUUUCGUCUAGAUCUGUGGAAAAACCUGAUGAGGACGGACUUAAAAAGACUGAUGUGACAAAUGAGCUAGUUGAGCCACGAGAAAUCAAGUUUGAUACAACGUUUAACACCUGGGGGUUUGUAGAUUUAUUAUUAACAUAGCUAUUUUAUAACUUAAACCACGUGAAAUUAAUUCAAGUAUGAUGCAACAUUUGACACAUGGUGGUGGGGUGGGGGGAGGUUGUGUACAUUUAUUAUUAACAUAACUUAUUUAUAACUUUUUGCACAUGAAACUAAAAUAAAGUAAAGAUCAUUAUUUUGUCGUUUUCCCUUCUGAAUGUGCAUUUUUUUCAUGAAUUAAAUUUUUGACAUAAUUCAACACAUUCUUUGAUAUAUUCUUGAAGAUUUGCCUAUUCACUAUCUUGCUUAAAUAUCAUUGUCUCCAUAAUUGGAGAAUUUCUGCCAAUGUACUUGAAUAUGUUAAAAAAAUACAUCAAUUAAAAAAAAAUUAUUUAGAUUGCUGUUUAAGGCUUGACUGCAUUUACAGGCUGAAACAUCCUCGCCGGCCAGAGUUGCGAUACUUGUACCCUCCUCCCACACCAUCCAUCCUCACAAACAUAAUGAAUGCACUGGCUGCUGUUCCCAAGUUUUACGUGCAGGUAAUCAUGUUAAUUUUUUUAUAUUUUUAUAAGUACCUUAAGCUUUCGAAAUUUCUAAAAUGUAAUCAUGUUUUUAUUAUGAUAUAUCAUAUGAAACAUUCAUUUUUUUACAAUUUAAAAUUACAUUAAAUUAAAGAUUUUAUUAACUAGUGAUAUAAAAUAUGUAUUUAUUUGUUUGUCAAGAGGGUAAUUUUUUGGUCUCACCCUUUUCUUGGUUUUGUUAAUUUCAUAUGCUGGCUAUUUAACAACGUUAUGUUAAAUUUGUUUUUGCUAUUUUUUUCUUGACCAGGUUUUACACUUGAUGAAUAAAAUGGAUCUACCUGCUCCAUUUGGUGCUGUAACACUGACACCCCCAUUGGUAAGAAUUGUUAUUAAAAAUAUUUAAAGUUGGUUUAAAGAAAUAACCUUUAAAAAGAACUAGUGUUUGCAUUAUGCAUGCGUGUAAGAAAUUUUUCAUUACCUUUAAAUGAUAUGUACUAAGGCCUAUGCAACCAAAUCUUCUUGGCCUACUCCCAUUUGAUGACCCAGUGCACAUCUUAUCUGUGCACAACACCAGUAAAGUAAGCAGUCUCCCUGGACCUGAUAUUAGCAUAGUCGUAUUAGCAGACCUGUUUACUCUUACGAUUUUGGCGUACUAUGUACCAUUUUGAGGUGUAUACAUUAUAUAUACACUAUGUUUAUUUUUUUACUAUUAAGAUAAUGUAUUCAACAAUUUUGUGAUAAUACUGUACGAUUUUAAGAGUUUGAGGAUAAACAGGUCUCUAUUCGUAUGACCACAGUUUAUUAUAAAUAUUUAAAUAAUUUAGAGGAUUUUGCGAUUUUAUUAAAAAAUAAAUAUUCAUUUCAUUAAUUCAUAUUGUAUUAUAAUGUAACAAGAUUAACGGGCAUUACAUGGAUAUGGCAUUUUAGGGCUUCACAUUAUACAUAGAUCCCAUCAUAUGAGGAGGAAGGUUAAAAUAUAAAAUUCCAUCUUUGUGUACCUUUACUGAACAUUCACAAUCCCAUGAAUUUGUCCUUUUAAAAUCCAUUUCAAUCUAAAUGUAUUCUCCACCCACUGUACUUUUUGAACUCAAGUUGAACUUAAUGGAUAGAUCAUUCAAGAGCCUGCAAGCCUGGACUGUUUGAUGAAAUUAUGGAAGCAUUGUAAAUAUUUGCCCAUCUAACCAUCUUCCCUCAGCGACCUGAUGUUCAAGAGUAUGUAGUCCCUGAUGAUGUUGACCAGCGAGAGAUGGACAUCUCAAGUGAAACGGAAUCUGAGCUAGAGAGCGGAGAGGAAGGAGAUGUUAAAAUCAGGUCUUGGAAAAUAAUAUCUUUGCUAUGGAACAAACUUUUUAGAACUAAAGCUUAUUUUGUAAUAUUUAACUUGUAGCUGUAGAUCUCUUUUUGUAUCUUCUCAGGAAUUUUUCCUCCUAAUAACAAAAGUAAUGCCACAUUUAUUUCAAUAUAUUUCUUUGCUUUAAACUCUCACAGCGUGAAUUUAAACGCCAUUGCUGGUCUUGGAAUAAAACUUUGACUAACUACAUUGAGAUAUUUAUUGUGGUAGUGUAAUGUAUGUGGCAAAAUUUUUAACACAUGAAAUAUGGUAUAUUAAAAAAAAUAAUUUUAAACAGUGAAUAUCUUUAUUUAGAACAAAGGAAACACACACUGUUAAAAGACUUCGGAGCAGUGCCAAAAUGCGAGCAGUAAAACGUCCAAGGCUUUCUGACCUUCAAGAUAGUGAACUUCCUCUUCUGUCAUCUACACAACCAUUACAAGUCAGUGAUGUUUUUGAGCAGGUCUCUGGGGCAGGAGCUAAAAAGAUUGAACUGAAACUCCCUGCAACACUUCUGCCACCCACUGCCCAACAAAGGCUGGCAUCCCAACCGUCCAAACUUGCACAAAUCUACCACCCCAUUUCUAACAUUGGACAAAUUGAAAAUACAGAUAUAAGACAGCAACAAUUACCCCAUCCUAACCUCUCGGCAUCGGUAACUCUAGGAACUUCAUUGUUACAACAAACUCUCCAUGACAACUCUGGGCAACACUACCAAGAGCAGCCAGUGUUGGAAGCUGUGGAAGACUCCUAUGAUGUACCACUCCCUCCCAAGAAUAUUGAUGGUGACUAUUUUUAUUUGUUGAAAACAUUACAUUAAAAUUCUUGUUUUUGUAAUUUCCUCUUUGAGAACAAUCCUAAAAUAAAGAUUUUCUAAAAGUAAAAUUUAAUGUUUGAACAAUUAUUGGGGAACAUAAAUUAUGGAGAAAAAAAAAAGAGAAUUUAAAAAAAAAAAGUCUUCAUAAAGAUGAAAUAAUUAAUGAGGAUAUCUGUAAUAACAUAUUAAUUCCCCAUGAUGUGAUCUUCCCUUUUUUAAUACUUUUGAAUGAAGCAGUGCCAGCUACCGAGUCCACUUCUGUCACCAUUGGAAGUUUUGGCAUUAUAGAGCCUGUGCAUAAAGUGAGUAAUGAAAUUUUAUUUAGUUUUUCAUAUUUUUUUUACUUUGUCACUUGCAUAUUACCUUAAUUUAUUAUUUUUAAACCUGAAUGCUUUUAAACCCUACAUCUAAUUUUUUUUUUUAAAUUUACUAUUGCAGAAUUCAAAUAUAAGAACAUAAAUAUUAUAUUUCUUCAUUAAUGGGAAAAUAAAGUAUAGAAAAACUCAUAUGAUAGGGCUGAUCACAUUUAAUUUUCACCUAAAAUGAAUUAACAUAAAAAUCAUCUAAAGCAAUAAUGUGUCGCUGUCACCAGGGUUUAUACAAAAAUUGUAUUAAUUUGAUUUAAAUAGGAUUUUAAAAAUUUAAAUUGAUUUUUGUUCAACUCUUUUAAAGGGAUUCCUUUUGAUUUUGAAGUAUGUUCAUGUUUAUAAUUUGGUUAAUAGUAUUUAAAUAAUUAUUUGGAUUUUAAUUGCAAUUAUUUUAUUUUAAUCAGAUUUUUUAAACAUUUAUUUCAGAUUUUUUUUCUUGAACUUGAUUUUUCUAAUCACAUUUUUUAACCGUAAGAUUUUGAACUAAAUUAAUUAUAUUCAUGUUUAUAAAGAUUAAUCAUAAUGAAGUUAUGGUAUUUAAAUGAAUGUUAAAAAUUUAAAUUGGAUUAUCAGGUUUUUUUAAAUUUAGAUUUUUGCUUCUCUUUUUUUUCAUAAAGAUUAAACAUAAUUUAGUUCAUUAAAAAAAAAAAAAAGGCAUUUAAUUAAAAAUUUAAAUUGGAUUAUCAGGUUUUUUUUAAUUUAGAUUUUUGCUUCUCUUUUUUUUCAUAAAAAUUAAACAUAAUUUAAUUCAUUAAAAAAAAAAAAAAAAGGCAUUUAAAUUAGAUUUUAACAUACUGAUUUAAAUUUAAGUAAAAUAAUAUUUUUAAAAGUAAUACAAAUCUUAAUCAAAUCCAUUUAAAAUUAAAAGGAUUUUCAUACUUUUUCCCAAAGUGAAAUAUCUCAUGAUGUACUAAUAAAAAUGAUUAUGAAAUAUCAAAUAAUUGACUAGCUAUAAACUUAUAGUAUAGUCUCUAUCCACGUGAAUUAGAAUUACAAUUAAGUUUCCCACUUUCAAAUUACUGAUGUCAUAAUUUUGUCAUUUGUCAAUAUCAUUUGAUAAAGCUAUCUGAUUAAAUAAUUUGAACAGGAAAAAAAAAUAAUUUUCCAGAUUUCUCAACCCUAAGUCAAUUUCUAAUUUCUAAAAUUUGAAAAGUUCAAUUGAAUAAGAAUGAAAUUUAUUAUUAUAAAAUUGUUCAAUCAUAAUUAUACAUUAAGAAACAAUAAAUUGUGGGACUAAUAGUUCAUAAAACAAACAGUGAAGCAUUGUUUAGCUAAUGCGUUUAAACAAAAAUAGAUUAGAUGUAAUUAAAAUCAAGUAAAUUUUUGUCAUUUAAAUCAUGAUUUUUAUUUGAAAACAGUUUAAAUCUAUGAUUUAAAUUCUUUUAUUUAAAUCCUCUCAAGCCUGGCUGUCACCAUAUCAUAGUAUUUGGUUUAAAAAGUAAUAAUUUAAACAGGGGAUUGGAACAUUUACUUCAUGACUUACCUUGGGGAAAUUUGAAGGGAAAAACCUACCAUUUUAUUAAUGUUAGCUAAAAGAAAUGGCUCAAAUUAAUCAUUUUAGGUCUGUGAUGGAUGAAUGAAGCUAUUUGAUCAGACAGUCAACCAACCAUGGUCAAUGUUUUCUUUUUUUUUUAAAUUAUAUUAUCAGCCAAGAGAUACUGAACCUGAACUUGAGGACACUGAGAAAGAGUGGACGAAGUCCAAAUUUAUUUCAUCAUCAGAGUUGAGGAAAUCUAGACUAUCUCACUCAGGUAUCCCCACAACCAUUAAAAGCUUGAUUAAGUUCCAGAUUAAUUUUUAGAAGCUAGUAAACUACAACCAUAUUUGUAUAGACAGCUGUUGAUUUUUUUAACCCACACUAACUUUAGUGGUUGAGUUGUUUUUUUUUACAUUUUUUUUCAUACUCUGGUUCACUUCCUUCCCAAGAGUAGCUGCUUAACUUUCAGUUACAGAUUUUAAGUUCCACAAGUCUCCUUAGCUAUAGUUUGGAAAUACCCCAGGCCAAUUAGAAAGUGAUUCCCCCCCUCUGGUUUAGAGGCAAACAAAAUUAAAUUUUGCCACAUAGCCAACUUUAAAAUGAUAAAUUAAUGGACUUUCUGCUUUUUAUUUUCUAAUGUACAUAAUUUUCCUAAUUAACUUUUUUUUUAACGUGGGAAUAUUUUUCUUUUAAGAAAUGAAAGAGCUGAGUGUUUUUAGAAGGUAUGAAGAAGGGGAGCCAUCUUGUCGACUGUAUAUUAAAAAUGUGGCCAAACCAGCUACAGAGGAGGUAAAGAAAAUUUUGUUUGUCUGAAAGGUUUUUGAAAUGUGGAAACAUAAGACUGCAGCCGUUACCUUUUGAUUUUUUUUGUAAAUAACAUUGCAGUUAAUUUCUAUUUACAUGUGUUAGCUUUAUUUUGAGGCAAUUAUUUAAAUUGGGGGUGACAAUAAAAUAGGUGAAAGGGAAACAUUAAAAGUGGUAGCGGCUCACACCUGUGAAAUAAAACAUAGUUUCAAUUUUACUUUCCUUUUGCUAGGACAUCCACUGGAUCUAUGGACGCUACGUUGACUGGGACAAUCAAGCAGAAACCAACAUGUGAGUUUUGUGCAGGACCUUUUCAACUGGAGCGGGGCCCCCUGGGAAAUGUCAUGCACUGAGGCACCCCUAUUCCUCUCUAACCUAUUCAAGUAUAAGACAGGAAAAGCAUUUCAUUUUGGCCCAUCAUGUGUUAUCACCAGUGUUUCUUUCAAUUGAUUUCAUUGGGGUACAGCGAGAUUGGAUGAGCGCAGGAGAGAAAAUUAUUUAAAGAAGAUUUAAUAUAUUUACAAAUUUACAAAAGGCAGCAUACAUUUAAUAAUAUGUGAUUUAUCUGAUGGAGGGUAAAGCAGUCUAAAUUUCCUAAAAAUUCAAUAAAUUGGAAGGUCUAUUUAGAAUUUCAAACUACUACAACUUUUUCAGAUAUGUAAUUAGACAAAUUAAUGAAUUCAUACCAGUGGUAAAAUUAUUUCAUUUACUCUAAACACACACAGACACACAUAAAUUCCCUGAAUAUUUUUUUAAAAUAUUCUAAUUUUUCUAAAACUUGCACCAAAACAAUGGAAUUGAUUUUAAACAAAAACAAAACAAAAAACUUACUUAGGAAACAAGCUUCCCACUGCUGUCUGAAAUCAAACUAAAUUGCCAAAAGAUCUUCUGGUAACGAUACCCAUUAACAAUAUGGGCAAAUUGAGGCCUCUUAGCUGUGUGAGGCACUGGGCAACUGCUCAGUGUGCCCAUGUCUUAAGACAGCACUGUUUUUUUUUGUGUGUGUCUGGGGGCGGGUAUAUUUUAGCUACUUAUAUUGUAUUCAUUUUUAAGCUCUUUGUGAUAAAUUGAACUUUGCGCGCUAUACUGAAUUAAAUAUUUCCUGUCUCUUAAUGACAUUUUGUUUUAUUCAUGUAUGUAAACAAGUUAGAAAAAAAAGUUUGAAGUAAUAAUGCUCUAACAUACCAACUAGAUUAAUAAUUAUCUACCCUGACGAAUUAAAGGAAUCUUGAAUUUUCAAUCCCAGCUCAUGACAACAUUUAGAUGAAAACUAAAGCAAACUAACUAAUUAUCAUCUGUAAUUUAAAGACAUAUUUUUUCAGUGGUUUUCUUGGAAUUCGAUACAAGGAUCUUGAUGAUAUCACUUAAAAUAAUUAAGUGGGUGUUAUCCUUGACAAUGAUAGUUCAAUUACGAAACUCAUAAAGGAAGGCAGGGUGUCAAUUAUUCCUUGCAGUGAAUCCACGCCAUAAAUAACCGUAAUUUGAUUUGCCAAGUGUACACUGUAAUGUUGAUUAUUUGACAUUCUCAGCUUUGAUAUACAAAUAGUUCAAACAAGAUGUGUUAAGGUUUGAAAAAAAAAAAGACCGGACACUUAAAUGGACGUUUUGAUGCAUUGACAUUAUUGAGAUCCUCUAAAACUUAAGUUUUAUUUUUUAUUUAAAAUGUACAUGUUGUUUAUUAGUAUAUAUCUGCUUAAGAAGACAUCUGGUCUUUUUUUCAAGCCUAAACAUAUCUAGGUCAACCAUUUAUUUACUUCACACAGAUUGAUUGCAGUUCCCCAUAUAUAUUAUCAUCUUUGAUAUGAAAAUGUCUAUUAAACAAUUAACUAUUCUUCUGAUGUUAACUUAUUAAUGUGUUGCAUUUCCAGCUUUGAUAUACGCCUAAUGAAAGAGGGAAGGAUGAAAGGACAAGCCUUUGUGACGCUGCCGUCAGAGAAGGUGGCAAUAACGGCACUGAAAGAGACCAACGGCUUUGUCCUCAAAGACAAACCAAUAGUAGUGGUAUCCUUGAUAAUCUCUAUUCACCCCCUUUCCCCCGCCCACUGUUAGUGCCACCCGAUCCCGUCGCAAUCUGUGUAUGAUGGGUUCCUUUUAUCAACAUCUCUUACAUGUUCAUACGUGGUAAUCACACUGAAUUGAACACAAGUCCCUUUUCCAAUAGUGAUGUAAACUUUAAUUUAGAAACAUAUGUAAUAGGCUGUGCAGUGAAUCAAGCACUUGUAUAAAACAGCUGGUAGUAUUAAGUAGAAGAAUAUAGUACAACCUUCUUCCACAAUGUUCUCACACAAACUGCCAAUGACAGACUAUAGUGACACUAGUCACAGCUACAAUAAAAAAUAUAUCACCAACCUAAUGGCCAGAAAAGCAUUCAUUAACUCAGCUAACACUGGAGACACACCAUGCACAACAAAACACACUAUUGGGUGUGCCAUUAUUACUAGUGAAUACACAUACUGGGAACACACCCUCUCCCUGUUAUCUUCACUAAAGCCAUGCUAUUUUUUAAAUUUAGAAUGACAGAAGAAUUCGCUUAUGCCCCCACAACCACACCCAUUUUUUUCCCCCACCAACAUACGGCAUAAACUUCCGGCAUAAACUUCCGACACAAAAAACCCAGUAGCCUAUAGGUACACAAAAUAUUGAAAAACUGAAAUAAUUACUGUUGGUGGUUUUUUUUUUUUGUUUAAAAAAAAAAAUUAAAUCAGCUAUCCUUUUAGCACUCAAGCCAUAUUAUUAUCUUUUCUAUGCAUGGAGUGGUGAUGCGUGCCCAACAGCAUGUCUCUGUGUCAACUUUGAGACAGUUUCCAUUUCCAGCCUGUAAUGAUUUAUUGGCAUUCUCCUCACUGUCUUCAAAUGUUACAUUACAAAAUUGUGUAGUCAACUGAAAGACUCACAAAAUAAAAAGUGGGUUCAAAAUAUGAUGACAUCUUAUCAGAAGGCAACACGAACAUGAUCCUAAUAAGUAGAUUGCAGUCAUUUGAAGUUGUUGACAUGAACUGUUUAUAUAAGAGCAUGGCAGUUAAGUUCAUUUUAAAAUUAUGGAAAUUAUAUUUAUAUACUUGUCCCCAAAUUAGAAAACCAUUUAAAUGAAAAGAUUUUGAGUUGUUUAGGAAAGCUUACUAACCUGUUACCACACAGUUACAAGCUUACAGCUUACUACCUGUUACCACACAGCUGACCAGACACAAGCGUAUGGCUUACUACCUGUUUACACACUCUUGACCAGACACAAGCUUAUGGCUUACUGCCUGUUACCACACAGCUGACCAGACACAAGCGUAUGGCUUACUACCUGUUUACACACUCUUGACCAGCCACCAACUUACGGCUUACCACACAUGUGCUAGAUAUUUAUUCAUGCAAACUGGUUAUCAAAAAUAAAAGAUUUUCAAAAGCAAAAUGGGGAAGAAAUAUUUAAAUACAGCAUUUCCUUAACUGACUAUUUCAGCAAUUCGCCAGAUCGGCCAAGCUACACGAGGAUCAGACGAAAAAGUAAUAAUAAAAUCAUCAAAGUUUGACAGCUCUUGCCUAAUGCAGGCAUUGGUUACCUCUCUACAGUUUCAGUACUUCUAAACAUUGUUUAUUUAAUAAAUUGUUGUUAUUAUUCUUCUAAUCCUGUGUUAGACUUUGUUUAUCUCAUCUUAAGCUUAAUGAAAUAAAAUGGCAUUUAUCUUUACUGUACAUCGCUCUUGAUGACAUGAGGUCAGAUUUUUAAUUAUUUUUUUUUAAUAUCAAAACAAGGGAACAUGUGUUUUAUUACAUUUACAUAGAACAUAUUAUUA